CAGCAAUUAUUCUGCAUCUGAAGCCCUAAAACUUCCUUUAAUCGGACACGGUGAUUCUCCCUUCGUUACAAACAUAAUGCCGUUUAUUUCAGAGGCUGCAAGCGCAAUCAAGAGUCGAUUUGGAUUUGGCUUCCAAGACCACUCGUCUUCGGAAUCUAUGCUUCCGGUGUGUAGAACGCUAGAUGUAGCGGUGAAAUCAGCGUCAAGGGAUGCCGGUCACUCAUUUCGGGCAAUGUCGGCUGCUCGGAGUAUUGACAACUGGAAUGAUGACACGAGCAGCGCCACUGCACCAGCACUGCCGCCAUCUCAGAGCUUUGAGCUUCAAGAGGAUCCUGCAUUUUGGAAGGAACAUAAUGUUCAGGUUAUCAUUAGAGUCCGACCUCUUAAUAGUUCGGAGAUCUCAUUACAAGGCUACAACAAGUGUGUUAAGCAAGAGAGCUGUCAGACAAUUACUUGGAUGGGACAUCCUGAAUCCCGUUUUACCUUUGAUCUUGUUGCUGAUGAGAAUAACAGGAAAAUCUCUUCAAAGUGGCUGGGGUGCCGAUGGUGGAAAAUUGUGUGGGAGGAUACAACAGUUGCAUGUUAUGGCAUGGCAUGUGUAAACACUGAUGAAACAAAUGUGGAAUUUCACAUAGUAGUAAUUCUUGGAGCUUUCUGCUUUCAGACUGGAAGUGGGAAAACUCAUACAAUGCUUGGAGACAUUGAGGAAGGCACUCAAAGACACAGUGUCAAUUGUGGGAUGACACCCAGAGUAUUUGAAUAUUUGUUCUCUAGAAUACAGAAGGAAAAAGAGACUCGUAAAGAUGAAAGGCUAAGAUUCACUUGUAAAUGCUCUUUUUUGGAAAUAUACAAUGAGCAGAUUCUUGAUCUUUUGGACCCAUCAUCCAACAAUUUACAGAUAAGAGAGGACAAUAAUAAAGGGAUAUAUGUUGAGAAUCUCAAGGAGGUAGAGGUUACAAGUGCACAAGAUGUGAUUCAACAACUUAUUCAAUUGAGUGCUGUCACGCCCCAAACCUCAGAGCGAGACAAAUGCCGUGCACUCAUGAGCGAGGCCCACAAAUGCAGAAGGCUCGGAGCCUACUGAGUUCUUACUUAGCAAUUUAGACAAUUCAAAUCUAAACCUUUUUAUUUAUCAAAUAUUUACCAAUCAAGAUGUACAAAAUUUAUCACUUCAUAUAUACGAUCAUGACUAAAAUUAAGAAAGUUUUGUACACAAAAUUUCUAAGUCAAGCAUGGUGACUAACGGCCUAGCUACAAAAAUCUAAAUCCAAAAGUGCCUAGCCGUCUAGCUCGUCACUCCCCAGAGCUCCCUAUGCGUCGGGUCUCAUUACCUAAAAUGGUGGACAAAGAAAACUGUAAGAUAACUCAGUAGGUAAAAUAUGGAGUGCCCUUAUUAAACUUAUAGCAUGCCAACAAGUGCAAUCACGAAAAACAGAUACAGCACAGGAACGAAAUAGACGACUCCUCUAUUGGUCAUGGUCAAUGUUUUAAACCUCCUACUGGCAAGCUACACUAUUUGCUGGUGUAUAACCCCCACUAACAGGGUCACUCAAACGAACUGGUUUUAUCAAUAACACGUCGACAUGUGCUAGCGUUUAACCCCCACUAGCAAGAUCAUUAAUAACAUAACCACAUCGGAGACAAAACAGGCAGAAGUUAGCAGAAAAUUCAUAAUUCACCAAUCACUUUCAAAUCAUCAAGACAAUCAAUUAAAUUGCAAGUAGGCAUGCUCAAUUUAAUGAAAAGCAUAAAAAUUUCACUUUAAAUCAAUCAUACUUACUUUUGCAUAAAACAGAUUUAGUCUUGCCACCACUUUAAAAACAAAUCAAAACAUGCUUUUAAAAACCGUAUGGGCAUUACUAUAAAUUUACUUACCUCAAUCGUAUAAAGCAGAAAACUCACUCCAAGAGCUAGGGUGAUAGAAUAAUCAGAAACCUAGCCA